AUAAGCGAGGUCGCCUACUGCAUGGUUAGCUGAGUGUUUCCAUCAGUAGGUGAUCAACACAGGGAGUGGCGGCAGCUCGCAUAGCGUCAUGAGCGGCCGCCCGUGCCCCCUACACCCUGCUACCACCGAGGCCCGCAGCGGGAAGCAACAAAUGUGGCAACAGUGGCUGGGAACGGGAAGCGAGUGAUAAGCAGAGGUCUUCCUCCAAGUAGACACUGCUGCAGCAUGGCAGAACGGCAGCUCACACUCCUUUAUGCCUGAGGGGAGCAGGGCGCGGGUGGAGGCGUGGCGAGAGCGGAUCAGCUCAGGGCUCGGCAGGGCUUCACGCCGCGCCGCACUGACACACUCCACAGUCUGCCUUGCACGGCGAUGGUCGACGCCGCUCCGCUCGCCCUCUGGGCCCUGCUGACCGACAGCAACCUGGCUAGCGAGGGCGAGGCGGAGACCAGCGGCGGCAGGAAAGCGCGGUUGCUGUCCGUGAAGAUGUGGCCCCACUGGUCCACCCGGGAGGUUCAAGCCGCGCUGCUGCAGGCGGCGGGUCUGGCUCACUCCAAGUGGAUCUCCUGCACUGCCGUGAGACUGCGAGACGCGCGGGGAUCCCUCGUGCCCCUCACGCCCGCCACCCUCAGGUCAUCACCCACGCGGCCGCUGCACAUGGAAAUAAUGGCAGCAGGGCGAGGCGCCGACCUGCCGCUGCUGCCCACCGCCUUCAGGGAGACCGUGCUGACCAUCACGCAGAGACUCGAGGCUAGGAUGGCGGCGGUGGAGGCAGGACUUGUGGGGUUGGAAGGUCGCCGCGCCGCCCUGGUGGAAGAGGAGCUGCAGCAGAUUCAGGACACUCUUGCCUUCAUGUCCCGCCGCCUGGAGCUCACCCACGCCCCCGCCUGGGUCAAGAGCGCCCAGACGUGAGGUGGGCGCCCUUUCCACUCCUCCCCGCCCCCUAAUGCCUUCGCCGGACACUGCACGCAAGGAGAGGGUGUCCCGGCCUCUGUACACUCGCAAUUAUGACCUGUACUCUGAAACGCUUUGCUCUCUCACCACGACUGUUUUCCGAGGCCACCGAGAUGAUUGGCAGGGUUGUUAAGAGUGUUUCUCCUGUUCAUAAUGCAGAAAUGUUUUUAAUCUUUCACUAAAAUGGUAAAAGCACCCUUGAAAAACACGGGUCACUUCAAUUUAAAGGCUUUGGAAACUGGUGGAGGUGCGAGCAGAAGUUUUUCAGAAUAUGGUCCUAUAUCUUAUGUCAAAUACUUCCUGGUGUGGCUUGUGGCUUCAGGGAGUGUGUGUGUGUGUGUGUGUGUGCAGAGGGUCUCAAGUGGUGGGUGUAUAUGAGCUUCCUCACUUGAUGGCUGGUAAAGUAAGCAAGAGUCUCGUUUUCCUUAUCUAGUUCACGCGUCUGUAGGAGGAAGAGAAGGAGGAGGAGUAGGAGCCUGAGCUGCCGCCAGGGACUCGGUGACUGAAGGGACAAUACAAAUGAACCAAUGUAUAACAGAUAAUUUAAUUCAUCAGUGCUGUGUAUAUACAUUACUACGCAUAAAUAAAACAUCAAUACAAACACAGA